AUGCCUGCCAUUGAACCUUCCUCUCACGUCUUGGUAAACGGCGCGAGUGGUUAUAUUGCAAGUUGGACAUGUCAAUACUUACUGGAAGCUGGUCAUAAAGUACGUGGAAUGCCACAUGGAUUUGAUGAAGCUGUAAAAGACAUUGUUGGUAUUUGCCACGUUGCCUCACCCUUCCAGGUAACCGUGAAAGAUCCAUACAAAGAUUUCAUAAAUCCAGCCGUAAAUGGAACCUUAUCAAUUCUAAAAUCAGCUGAACGUGAAGGGAAGGACGUUAAACGGAUUGUGAUCACUUCAUCAUUCGCAUCAGUUGUGAAUCCAACAGAUGAUCUAAAUCAUAUAUUUGAUGAAACUCAAUGGAAUGAAUAUUCUCCUAAAUUGGCAGAAAAAGCAGCUUGGGAUUAUCUUGAAGAGAAUGACCCGGACUUUGAUCUAGUCACUCUUUGUCCUCCUUACGUAUUAGGUCCAAUCAUCCAUCAAGUCAAUAAUGCAAAUUCAUUAAAUGCAAGUGUGAAAUUAUUUCACGAUUAUCUCGUAGGAACUAGUGACGCAGAAUCUGCAAAAAAACCCAUGGCUUCAGAGGUAGACGUACGAGACCUUGCGAAUGCCCACCUUCAAUCACUCCUCAUUGAAAAAGCUGGAGGGAACAGAUAUGCGGUUUCCAAACAGGUCAUCACUUGGCAAGACGGGUUAGAUAUUAUUCAGGAAAAGGGUCAAGGAAAAGAAUGGCCAAAUGCAACAAAAGGGGAACCAGGUAGUGGAAAGUUUGUAAAACAAAAUGUCUAUGAUGCUUCUAAAUCUAUUCAAGAUUUAGACAUGAAGUAUAGAUCAUUUGAAGAUACUGUUAUUGAUAUGAGUCACUCAUUGCAGGUUCUUUCAAAGGCUUGGUAG